GGCUGUAAAUAUGGCGGGAAAUAACUUUGAACUUUGCAGAAGAGAAAAUUAUUUGAAUGGAAACAAAAAGGCCAUGAUAUGUGUGUUUUGAGAGUUGUUUAUUGAACAGAGAGACAAAAUUUAUUCAUCAAAGUUGAAACAUUGGUGGUUUAGCUCGAUUUUGACUAAACUAUUAACUUUUUUGUCGUGUUCUUUGUUCAUUACUGAAAUAGGUCAAGUUUUAUUUGACCCGGAAGUUGUUGGAGAUCGAUCAGUGCGCAGGUGUAUAGAGGUCAUGGGGUGAAGAAUGUUAUGGGUGAACUGUCAACAAAGGACAUUCUAUUCAACAUCCUGAAAUGUUUUGUGACGUUUUAUGCCACCUACUUUGUCAUCAGUAGUAUUUGUUUUGCAUCUUUCAGACUAUCUGUUUAUGAUGGAAGAAUUCCGUUUGAUUUUAAAACCUGGGUGAAUUUAACUGAGUGUUGUACUGGAUACAGCCAUGAACAAACAGUGAAUGUGAUAUCAAUGUUGGUAACGUUUCCAUUAUCAGGAAUAUUCUACGGACUGAUUGUACGGAGCAGAGCCUGGGACUAUGCUGUUACUGUCACUUUACUACAUAUUGUCAUCACUUGUUUAGUAUUGUUAGAUUUCCCUCUAGACUGGUCUUGGUGGGUUUGUUUAGCUAGUGCAUUGAUAUUAAAGAUAUUAGCAGGAGAAAUGGUGUGUUUUCUGUUUUCUAUUAAGAAGAAGGUGAAGGUGAAACCAGAGAUAGAAUUUAUGAAUGGCAGCUAUCUUUAUCGCAAAAAAUAAUCAAGAUAUUUUUACUCCUUGCUUAGACAUUUUAUAUUCUUCUGAUUUAUGAAUUCAUUGUGCCAACAUUUAGCAGAUCAUCUUCACAAUGCCCAGCUAAUACAAACAUUGUCUAAUAUCUUGACAUCAUUGGUCACUUUAUUACGGAAGAUUGUAAAUGCAAUGAUUUGGGUGUAUUGUAAGCUACAGCCAAUGAGAGUCCUGC